UCGUGGACUGGCUCAGGCUGCACUGGGAUCUGUGGAAUCACUUUCAUUCCGCGGAAUGACACUGACCCCGAUUGACUGCGCGGUCCUGUCUCAUGCCAUCGGACUCUGUGAAACAGUAAAACAGCUCAAAUUGGAGUACUGCCUAAUUCAGUGUGAAGGAAUCCAACGUCUGGGACCCGGGCUGCACAGGUGCCAGGAUUUGAGACUUGGGGAUAAUAAACUGGAAGAUUCAGGAGUUAAACUGGUGUCUGCUGCGUUGAGGAACCCGGAGUGUAAAAUACAGAAACUGGGGCUGGACUAUGUCGGUCUCACAGAUUCUGGUGCCGAAGAUCUCGCCUCCGCUCUCAGUAGAAACACAUCCCUGACAGAGCUGAACCUGAGUGGUAAUGAACUGGCAGAUUCAGGAGUGAAACUGGUGUCUGCGGCUCUGAGGGACGCGAAGUGUAAAAUACAGGAACUGUGGCUUCACAGUGUCGGUCUCACGGAUUCUGGUGCCGAGGAUUUCGCCUCCGCUCUCAGUACAAUUCCAUCACUGACGCAGCUGAGCUUGGCAUCAAACUCGCUGACAGACCGAUCUGUCCCCGCUCUCCGCCGCAUUAUACUGACUCUCCCGAGUCUGGAGAGGAUCUGCCUGAGUGGGAAUCAGUUCAGUGAGACAUGGAGGAAGGAAGUGGAGUCUCUGAAGGAACUUCGACCCGGACUGAGAGUGGAUCUGUGAAUAUCUGCAUGUGUCAACAUCACAGCCCGCGGGAUAGGGAUAUUUUGACCGAAUUUCCGCCCUCCCAUUAAUAGGCGCCCUCCCGUUUAAUUUCCAACCGUUCCAACGGACGCUGGCUCUAGCCAAGCCCUCUGUGACGUCAGAGAUGGCUCCACAGUGACACAAUAUCGCUUCACGUCCCGCGUUUCUGCU